AUGGCGGCCCUCUCUGCGGUCAGCUUCGCGUCCUUCGCGGGCCUUCGCGCCCUCCCCGCCUCCCACGGCGACACACACGGCGCUUCCACCACCCUUAGCGUCCCUUCCUCGCAGCGACCCGGCAGCGGCACGUGCGUCGUGCGGGCGGAUGCCAGACGGCGGUUGGGGCGGCGCGCGGGGGAUGAGGAUGAGGGGACGGGGAUCGGCGCGCUGGUGCCCGUGAGUCCCGAGGACGAUGCCGUUCAGACCAGCGGCUCGGGCAGACGCGCCAGCGGCUACUACUCGUACCAGGGGCAGCGCGCGGCGGCGGAGCAGGCGGCGUUCGUGCGCGACAUGGAGGCGGCGGCGGCGGCGGCGGCGGCGGCGGCGCAGCAGACGGAGCGGCAGGUGCUGAUGGACUCUGACGUGGCGGCCACGCAGCAGUCCACGUACCAGCGCAAGACCAAGAUCGUCUGCACCAUCGGACCCACCAGCAACACGCGCGAGAUGCUGUGGAAGCUGGCGGAGACGGGCAUGAACGUGGUGCGGCUGAACAUGAGCCACGGCGACCACCAGUCGCACCGCCGCGUGGUGGACCUCGUGAGGGAGUACAACAAGGGGCAGGCCAGCCAGGGCGCGGGCAAUGUCCUGGCCAUCAUGCUGGACACCAAGGGCCCGGAGGUGCGGAGUGGCGACCUGCCGCAGCCGAUAGAGCUGGAGCGCGGGGAGAGCUUCACCUUCACCAUCCGGCGGGGCGUGGGGUCACACCGCACCGUCAGCGUCAACUACGACGGCUUCAUUGAUGACGUGGACGUCGAUGACAUCAUUCUUGUCGACGGCGGCAUGAUGUCGUUCCAGGUGAAGCGCAAGAGCGCAGUGGACGUGGAGUGCGAGGUGCUGGACGGGGGCGAGCUCAAGUCGCGCCGCCACCUCAACGUGCGCGGCAAGUCCGCCACGCUGCCCUCCAUCACAGACAAGGACUGGGAGGACAUUCGGUUCGGCGUGGAGAAUAAGGUGGACUACUAUGCGCUCUCCUUCGUCAAGGACGCCCAGGUCGUGCUGCAGCUCAAGGAGUACCUCAAAGGCCAGGGAGCGGACAUUGGAGUGAUAGCCAAGAUUGAGAGUGCUGACUCCGUGCCCAACCUGAACGCCAUUCUCGAGGCCUCCGAUGGGGCCAUGGUGGCGCGAGGCGACCUGGGAGCGGAGCUGCCCGUUGAGGAGGUGCCGCUGCUGCAGGGCGAGAUCAUCCGGGUGUGUCGUGCGCUAGGCAAGCCGGUGAUAGUGGCGACCAACAUGCUCGAGUCCAUGAUCAACCACCCCACACCCACUCGUGCUGAGGUGUCGGACAUAGCCAUUGCAGUGAGGGAGGGCACGGAUGCCAUCAUGCUGUCGGGGGAGACGGCCCAUGGCAAGUUCCCCCUGAAGGCCGUGAGGGUGAUGCACACAGUGGCGGUGCGCACAGAGGCCACCAUGGCCGUCCCCAACACCCCCGCCAACCUCGGCCGUGCAUUCAAGCGGCACACGAGUGAGAUGUUUGCGUUCCACGCCACCAUGAUGGCCAACACGCUGGGCGCGUCCGUGCUCGUCUUCACGCGCUCGGGCUUCAUGGCCAUGCUGCUCUCGCACUACCGCCCCGCCAGCAUCACCUACGCCUUCACCAACGACAAGAGAGUGCAGCAGCACCUGGCGCUGUACCACGGGGUGAGGGCGCUCUACAUGCCCUUCUCAGCCGAUGCCGAGGACACCUUCAACGAGGCGCUGCGCAUCCUCCUCAAGCGAGGCAUGGUGCAGCCGGGGGAUGACGUGGCAUUGGUGCAGAGCGGGCGGCAGCCCAUCUGGCGGUCCGAGUCCACUCACCACAUCCAAGUGCGCCGCGUCAUGCCGCUCCAGUGA